AUGGGAUCGACAGAAGGUGGAGGUGGCGGCGUGGUUGCUGCUGCUGGUGGAGGCGGUCCAGGGUUAGCCAAUUCGAUGGUAAGCAGCGCAUCCGGUGAAGCGCUACAUCAGCAGACCGCGGCGUUGACUGCCGGCAGCCCAACAGGAACGGUCCCACAUCCUCAACAACACUCUACUGGAAACCAACAAUCUGCAGUAUGGCCUAACAGCAAAGAACAUUACGUGUUGGAGGAUGCUAUAGGAGUUGGUGCUACAGCUACAGUCUACAAGGCUAUAUGUAUUCCGCGUAAUGAGCGUUGUGCCAUCAAGUGUAUAAAUUUGGAGAAGUGUCAGACAUCAGUUGAUGAACUCAGUCAUGAAAUUCAGGCAAUGUCUUUGUGUGCGCAUCCAAAUGUGGUCAGCUAUCAUACAUCCUUCGUAGUCGGUGAAGAGCUGUGGGUGGUAAUGCGACUCCUGAACAGUGGAUCAAUGUUGGAUAUUUUGAAAAGGAAGAUUAAAGCGAUUGGCAAGGAACAAGCCAUGAAUGGUGUACUAGAAGAGGCAACUAUUGCUACAGUUCUGCGUGAGGUACUGAAAGGUCUCGAUUAUUUCCAUUCUAGUGGACAAAUUCAUCGCGAUAUCAAGGCGGGUAAUAUUCUGAUUUCUGAUGAUGGUACUGUUCAAAUAGCUGAUUUUGGUGUAUCUGGAUGGUUAGCAUCGUCUGGUGGUGAUUUAUCGAGACAGAAGGUUCGUCACACAUUCGUCGGCACACCUUGCUGGUGGGUUUUGGCCUCGUUAAUUCGGGGUUACGGUAGGGGGUUAGACGUGGUCGCCCAUUUUGCCGAUGUCAUUUGCACCAAGACUUUUUACAAUCCACAUGAAAUAGGUAUCCGUGUAAAUUCGCAAGUGAUAUCAAAAAACGAGCGACCACGUGUGCAACAGGACUGGGUGGGGCGUAAGGGGAUGGCACCAGAGGUGAUGGAACAAGUUCAAGGAUACGACUUCAAAGCUGAUAUUUGGAGUUUGGGAAUUCUUGCUAUUGAGUUGGCGACAGGAACAGCUCCCUAUCACAAAUUUCCUCCAAUGAAGGUGUUGAUGCUCACUUUGCAAAAUGAUCCGCCCACGUUGGAAACAAACGCCGAAAGAAAAGAUCAGUACAAGAACUAUGGAAAAUCAUUCCGUACACUGAUUAAAGACUGUCUGCAGAAGGAUCCAGCGAAGCGACCCACUGCAGCUGAGCUGCUGAAGUACUCAUUUUUCAAGAAAGCAAAAGAUCGCAAAUAUCUUGUGCAUGCUUUAAUCGAGAAUCUUGCCGCAGUGCCAGUUAUAAGUCACCACAGCGCAAAGAAGACUUUCCUUUCAUUCACUUUUGACUACAUUACACUACAGGUAGCAUCUGGUAAACUUCGCAAGGAUAAAGAUGGUAACUGGGAGUUCGAGUACGAUUCGCCACCUGGCAGUGAGUCGAGCGAUGAAGAGGAGCCGCGAAGAGCUCCACUUUCUUCCGAAGGCAACGCUGAAAAUGUUCCAGCUGGCGGUGCUGAGGCUGGCGCCCCUGGCGAAACGCUCAAUCUUGUUUUACGUGUGAGGAAUCAGCAGCGUGAACUAAAUGACAUCAAAUUUGACUACACCCGAAGUGCGGAUACAGUAGAAGGCAUCGCUCACGAGUUGGUUACUGCUGAACUAAUCGAUUGCCACGAUCUAGUGAUCGUAGCAGCAAAUCUUCAGAAACUCAUCGAUCUCGCGGAGCAGAAAAGCGAUAAACGAUCGGUGACGUUUGCACUGAACUCGGGUGUCGCUCCAAACGAGAUGAAGUUCUACAACGUUGUGUCAUUUCUGCUGCUGUUUGUGCUCGUCGCCGUCAGUGGAAAGCCAUCUCCAAUUUUUGGGGCCACUCCACCAGGAGCAAAGAUAUCCGGAUAG